GAAACUUACAAGAGAAGAUUCAGGAAACACUUUUAAACUCGGUCUUCUCCGUCCAACUGUCUGCUGUCACUUCACCCUCGACAGCAUGGACGAGAUGAGAAUUGUAAUAUUGGGAAAAACAGGAGUUGGGAAAAGCAGCGUGGCUAACACCAUAUUAGGAGAAAAGAACGUGUUCCAGAUCGGCAACACUGGCAACUCUAAAACAAGUAAAUGUCAACAAAUAACUAGAGAUGUCGGUCUAAGACCCAGACGCAUCACCUUGAUCGACACUCCUGGUUUGUUCGACACAGAUCAACUUGAAGAGGAGCUGAGGGCUGAAAUAGUGAGGUGCAUCAUAAAGUGCUCUCCUGGGCCUCAUGCUUUUCUCAUAGUGUUUAAGGUGGACAGAUUCACAGAUCAGGAGCAGGAAGUGAUCAAUAAGAUCAAUAAAUACUUCUCUGACAAAGCUUUCAAGUACGCAACAGUCCUCUUUGCUCAUGGUGACCAGCUCGAUGAAGGACAGACCAUUGAGGAGUAUUUCCACAACAAUCAGCUUAUGAGGGAUCUGAUGAAGAAGUGUGGUGGACGCCCCCACGUCAUUGAUAACAAAUACUGGAAGAACAACCAGCCGGAUGAGUACAGGAGCAACCAGUUCCAAGUGAAGCAGCUGCUGAAGACCAUCGAUCACAUGAUGGAGGCAAACAAGGGAAGCUGCUACACCAACGAGAUGCUACAAGAUGUGAAGGAACUGAUACAAGAGGAGGAGGAAGAGAUUAGACAGUCACCAGGAAACAUGCCAGAGGAAGAGAUCAUAGAGGAGGCUGAAAGGAGAGUAUCUCGGCUGUUGAUCAAUUUGGCAGGUAUUUCAACAGGUGCAUUGUUAGGAGCUCUUCUUGGUGUCGCCCUGGUGGUUAGAGAAGUUGUCAAAGCUUUAAAGAAAGCCCUGUCUGAAGAGAAAGUCCAAAGAGCUUUCGCAGCAUCUGCAGUAGGAGUAGUAGGAGGAGUAGUAGGAGUAGUAACAGUAGGAGGAGUCGGAGUAGCGGUAGGGGGAGAAGCAGCUCUAAUAGCAGCAGGCUCAGUGAUCGGUGCAGGUGCUUUAGUAGGAGCGGUCAAAGGAGGUCUUACAGGAUACGAUGCUGCUAGGGAAGCAAACACAGCAGGUGAAGCAGCAAAGAGGGCAGCAACAGCUGUGUUUAAUAAAGCAAAAUCUGUCUUUAAAGAUCAGGAAAAAGCAGCAAAGAACAAAUAUGAAUCAAAACCUUUAAUUGGUCCUGAUUCUUAGAACGUGUCAUUAAAGAUGUCAAACCUCCCUUUAAACAACAUGGAGUCUUUAACCAUUGAGACGAUCGUGUUCGUAUGUAACAGGUUGAACUUCUUGUGAGCUUUCUUCUAUUUUCUUUUCUAAUGUGUGUUGCAGCAGCUGCAGAGCAAAGUGCUUCCUGACUAAAUGAAAGUUCAAUCUGUUCCUAGUUUUAGUGCCUGAUAUAUUAUUUCAUAUGUGUAUUAUGAACUGUGGCCACAAAUGUAAUGUUGUUUCAACAUCUUGCAUCAGUAAGACCUUAAGAAAAUGUUCUAAUCAAACUAGUGUAAACUGUUGGAUGUUGAUGUUUUUGUUUCCUGUUGCAAAGCAAACCAGAAUAUGUUUUUAUUUACAUCAUUUGUAUUUUGUCAGACAAUAAUUGUUAUCUGUGAAUUAAAAUGUAUCAGCAAGAAAAAUUAAAACAACUAAUGAAUUGA